AUUAUGUUAAAUUUGAAUAGAAAAAGAGUCAACUUUUUUCCAUUACAUAAUUUCUUUAAAUAUUUAUUGAUAAGAUUAAAAAAAUGAACAUAAUGAAAUAUGAAAAUAUAUAAAUCAUUUUAUCUUGUAUUUUAUCUAUUGAGUACUAGAUUAGUAACGAUAAGACUCAGAAUUGCUAUGUACGUCACUGUGUUCAAUGUUUUCUUAACGAAUAAUCGUAAUAAUCUAUUCAUGUAAAACAACUUUGAUUGGUGAAGUAUAAUAUUAUGAAGAUUUGUUAAAUUACGGCAAUAAUAUGACGUGGAAUCCUUUGAAGAAAAAUCAUUUGACACAGAGGCCUACAGCAGCACCACCUCUAUUAACUUAUUCAGAAGACAGAGAAUUAGAUAUUGCAGUUCAAAGACUCAUUUACGUUGAAGAUACAAUUAGGAAAUUAACAAAGGAAAUGAAAAAAUAUAUAGAAGCUGUGGUAAAUUUAGAUCGAGCAGACCAAAGGUUGACAUUAAAUUUAACAACUUGUGGUUUAGCACAUCUUAGUGAUGAAUUCAGAAAAGUAGUGGAAAAUUACCAUUCAGUAACAACACAGAUUGGAAAAACAGUGCAAGAAAUGGCAGCUCUCUGUCAGAAAACUUUCAUAGAACCAUUAAAAAAAUUACGAGAUGAAUUCAUUCUAAUAGCCGCAGCAAUUGCCAAGCGUGAGGAACUGGUGACAACUUGGAAAAACUCUUAUAAUCGUGUCAAAAAAUUGCAAGAGAAAAAAGACAGAACUGCUAAUCAUAUUGCAAAGUUAGAAAGAGAACGCAGGACAGAAGAAGCAGCUGCUAAGGACUUGAAGACUGUACAUGCUCAAUUACUUGUAGAAUUACCAAUGUUUUUAGACAAGAGAUUGGAAUAUAUUAAACCUAGCAUACAUGCUUUAAUUAUGAUACAAUUAGAUUACUAUGGGAGUGCAACUCAUUUAUUUACACAUUUAAUGCCAGUACCAAACACUUCAGGAUCGCCAUCCAGCGCUAUGGUACCUGAAGAUGAAUACCAACAAGCAGUGACUAAUCAAAUGAAUAGAAUAAGAGCUCUUACAAUAGUUAAAGAUCAUUAAGAAUCAUAAAAAUUUCCUAAACAAAUAUCUUAACAAAGUUGUGAUAAUUUAAAUACUGAAUCUAUAAAAUUAACAUAGGUACGAAUGUAUUUAUCACAUGGCAGUAUUUACAUUCAUAUUGUAAAAGUAUAGAUAGAUUUAGGAUGGAACCAUUCCUUGAUUUCGUUUCCACUGGGCACCAGAACGACGAUUGUGAUUAGCGCGUUCCGCCUUCUUGGUGUUCUUUUGCUGUCUAUUGUAUAACACAGUUUUCUCUUGUCCUUGACCUUUAGGAUUACCUGCACAUACGAAAACAGAAUCAUUUUAAUAUUAGAACUGAUAAAAAACACUAAUAAUGCAUGCUGUAUUUAAGUGUAACUAUUAAAUUAUAUUCAGCACUUUAUAAAAAUUGACAAAUAUACCUAUUACAUUUGGUGCACCUCUUCCACUUCGCAUUUGCCUUUGUUGUUCUGCUCUAGCGCGUACCUCUUCUGGAUUUUGUAUAAAGCAGUCUCUAACAUUUUGGUCAUUCCUUACAUCUUCAUCUUCUGACUCCGUUUCAACUUCUUCAGUUUCAAUCUUUUGUUUCUCGCGAAGAACCUAAAAUUAUUGUUCGUUAAUUUUUAUAUAAUUAUGUUAAUAGUGUUAGAAAAGACUGUAAUUUAACCGAAUUAUAUAAAUACAAACUCUAGGUAUAGUAAAAGGCCUUAAAUCUGCUUCAGUCGAACCAUCCUGUGUACCACGUAUGUCGCUAUUAUCAUAAGUGUCAUCAUACUCGUCAUCGUAUACAUCUUCGACAAGACUGUAACUGUAACAAAUUUUGUUUAUAUUCUUGUUAUCUACAAAUAUAUAUUUUUAUAUGUGUUA